AGUAAGACCCCCGCCCUCGCCGGCAUGACGUACCCACGAGAACCGCGAUUCCUGUGGACGGUUUGAACACUCUAUCAGCACAAGUACCAGCGACCUGUGUUCGGAUGACUACCAUCAAGACGCGUUUCAGGGAACAAUGAAUCUGUAGGCGACACUCUAUGGAGGUCCAGGGUAUCGAGAAGAAACACGCUGACCAGUUCCCCUAUUCUGGAAUCAGAGUGCUCGGAGCUGUCCAAACCGGAAUCGGUGUAUCAUGUGCGUUGCUCGGUGGCCUUGACCUGGCGUUGACUUUGACAAACCGCGAUGCUGAACGUCAAACAGCCAGUACUGUUGCAGCGUCCUUGAUGGUGUACGACACGCUCGUGACGCUAACUGUGGCUGCGUGUCCUCUGUGGUGCGGGAUGUGGUUUAUCAUCGCGGGGGCAAUAGGCACGUGCGUGUCACGUGUCAGGGCCCACAGCCUCCUAUUUUUUCGCAACACUUUCCUGACGCUGAGUGUGCUGUGUGCAGCCUUGUUCGGCCCCGCCUGCUUCGGAGUCACGUGCUUCGAGGCUGUCCUGCGCCACGGCCUGUAUGCUGACGACUACCGGUGGCUAAUCCCCCUGCUUGUGGCCUUCCUGUCACUGUUUGAGAUCACACUGGCCAUCGUCAGUGCCGCCAUGUGCUGUUGCUGCUCCUCUGUGCAACUCACCAAGGUGCACGUGCUGUUCGCAGCUCCCUCUAGCGGCCCGACACCACAGGAAGUAUUCCGUCUGGACAUGAAUGACUCCCCAAGACGUCCUUCAACUUAUAUGAUGCCAGGUCAAGGUCGAAUACGGGCACUUCCCACACCGGAAGCAGCCCAAGAGGCACCACGCCCAGAAGAAGCUUAUAUCAGGCUGAAGAAAUGGGCGUUGCCGGACUAACGUCGUCCUGACGUCUUUGAGAGCAGUCCACUACACGAGUCGAGCUAUUCAACCUUUCUUUUUUUUUAAUUAUGUUGACGAUGUACGGCCAUGGCGGAUGUUAUGUUGAGAGUCGCGUUACAAUGGUGACGCUCUGUGUUUGGUUAAACGAUAUGGAGUCAGUAUAAUAGUGAGGCAUCUUACUUUAAACGAAAUCUGUUUACCUGGGUAUAUAAUCAUCUUUAUUAUAUACUUCAGUGUGAAAGACUGAGUUUUCUGAAGUUGAGAAAAAUGAUAUUUCACUGCAGUCAACAUAACAUUUGAUUUUCACUGCGGUGACUUUCAGGGUACUAUUGUCAUACAAGAGUUACCUCCCCUUGAAUUGUCUCCCUUUAUGUAUACAAACUGUUGACACCGUUUGUUGGUUUGUUGUUUUACGCCGCACUUAGCAAAAUUCCAGCUAUAUGACGGCGGCCUGUAAGUCUGGACCAGACAAUCCAGUGAUUGAUAUCAUGAGCAUUGAUCCACGCAAUUGGGAUGGAUGACAUGCUUCAGUUAGUCGUUAAAUCUUUUGUAGGUUAGUUGAAAAAAUGACAGACGGUCAUUUAUGGAGUUAAUUAUCGCUUCUUGCCGUUUGUUAUACUCUAGAAAAUGUUUCGUUAUAAACUGUAAAUUCAUCAUUUAACUCGUCAGUUGAGACUUUUUAUUUUGCAAAGUGCAUUUUGCGUGUAUUCCUUCGCUUCCAACAGCGGUCUCGUAGCUUUCAAGAAUAUCUUUGUAAGUUAAUUUUGUAUAUAAUCAUAUCCAAAUGUAUGACAAAGAAUUUUCGUGACCAAGAAUACUUUUGUAGACUUUUGUAUAUAUUUUUUAAGAUUUUGCAAACUCGGACCUACUUUCUAAGUCGCAAUUACAAGGGUUGGUGAAACGUCCCUGCGUGUUAGGUAUGGAGAAUUUACGUUUCAAAGUUUUACAUUUAUAAUGUAAAAUAUAAUUUUCCGGUAGAAAAAUACACAAAAAGUAUAUAAUUAGUAGGAUAUUCCAUGUGUCUCAUUAAAUAUCAUGGUAUUCUCAUCUCGUGACGUUGGAAAGGAGAUAAUUUCGAUGAGAGAAAUAUAAUAUUUCACUAGACACGUGAAAUAUCCUCCAUAUAUACUGAUACAUGUCGCCACUGUUGACUCUUUAUUUGACAGCUGACAUUGACCAGGUAUCAUCAUUAAGUUGUUUCUGCGAUGCAUGUGUUUCCUAAAUGAAGCUCUUGAAGUACUCGGGGUUUCAUGGCUUCAACUAUUUAUUGCCAUACAAUGAGGAGACAAUGAGGACACAAUGAGGAGACAACAAAUUCAAGAAACUGAAUAUACAGAGGGUAAAAAAAGAAUUAUACCGAAUUUGUGUUUCAUGAAAUUAAAAAUUGAAAGCAUCUGUUGUUAAAUUUGAUUGUGUCUAUUUAACCGUCACUCAUUCCUUCAACAGUUUGUAAAAAGGAAUUCGUAGCUUAGUAAUUAAGUGUACACAUGAAUAUAAAGAUACAAUUGAAAUGUUUGAAAUGUUCGAAGUUUUUGCCGAAAAAACCCACAUUUAUUGAUUAUUAACAAUAAGAUGUCAAGAUUCCCAUCAUCAGUUGUGUAUCGGUUUUUUAUUUUUGAUGUUUUUAAAUCCGAUUAUGCUCUACAAAAUACAACCAUGCGUGUAUUCAAGCUUUCAGUUAAUGUUUCGGAUAUAAUACAUAGCGGCACAGUACUGACCACCCAAUCCACACGUGGUUAUAGUCCUACAUAGUGGCACAAUACUGACCACCCCAUCCACACGUGGCUAUAGUCCUACAUAGCGGUACAAUACUGACCACCCAAUCCACACGUGGUUAUAGUCCUACAUAGCGGUACAAUACUGACCACCCAAUCCACACGUGGCUAUAGUCCUACAUAGCGGUAAAAUACUGACCACCCAAUCCACACGUGGCCGCGGCUGCACGAGGUGGUAUGAAAUAGGCUUUAUGCGUUCCGUUCAAUGUAUUCGAAUUUAUAUGGCGACGUGUGUGUUUGUGCGUGCGUGCGUGCGUGCGUGCGUGCGUGCGUGCGUGCGUGCGUGCGUGCGUGUUCUAUAGUGCUCGCUCACUGAUAUAUCCCACUCGUUAUACUGACCCUGAGCCGACCAGUCCUUGUGUCAUCUCCCUGAUGCCGAGCGCCAGGCAGGGUGACAGCAUCUACCAUCUUUUAUCAUGACCUAGUAUCACAGAGCCUUGAGAUCAAUCCACUAUAUCUGUCUGAUUGAUGCACGUGUAAACAUGUAUGUGUACGUUAGUUCAAUAAAACACUGUCUUC